AUGUCGGACAAGAAACCCACCGAGUCAGAUGCGAACGGUGCAUUGAAUACGAUUAUAAACUUCCUUGGUAUUGACUCCGGUAAACUGGUUGAGACAUUGGGAAGCAAGAUUGCGGAUAGAAUUAAUAAAGGUGAAAUUGAUUAUAAUCAGGUGGUCGUCAUCUGUGGUAACAAGAUAGACUAUUUGGUUGGAAUCUAUAUCAUUGUACCUAUCAUUGCCAUCUUUGUCGUCGGCGCAAUUUGCUUCGUCCUCCUAGCGCUGCUAAACAUGGCCUUCAACGGCUUGGAGAAUUUCCAGGAUUGGGUUGAAGAGACAUGGCAGAGCUUCAGUGACGAAGAGAUCUUAAUGAACAAUGCAUCCAAAGCAGCAACUGGUGGUUCCAAUGUCGUAAACAAAGUAGUUUGGAUUGGAGGCGGCUCCAACAGCGCAAACUCGCUUAGAGGAUAG